AUGUCCGAGAUGACAGACUCACAAUUGCCUGUCCUCGGCCCACAAAGGGCUUCCCGACCUGGGUCACUCUACAAGGAGAUACAUUUGCGCAUUCAUCUCGAUGGGUGCAAAGGUCUACCGCAAUCGAGGACUUUAUCUGAGAGUUCUGCGUCUCGAAAGUUCCAUGUUGGAAUUUGGUAUAUCUUGGGCCGGGAUGAUGGGAACAGUGUGUACUCUUCGCAUGUUUAUGAGGGUACAGGCUGCCUCAGAGGCACGGUACAGUGGGAUGAGACUUUGUAUAUAACCUGUCUUGAGCACAGUCUUGUUCGAAUCGCCUUGUCUGAAGCAGGAUACGGCGAAAUCUGCGAGUGUGUCUGUAUUGCUGGAGAUCUGACGCAGGUUCCUUCCGUAUCACUUAAGCCGACGUCAUGGACCCACUUCCUCUACGACACUAACACAGAGUCCACUCUCUUCCUCUCUGUAUCUGUAGUCUCUGCUGACUGCGGCGACGAGAAUUGCGAGUUCGCCAAUGCAAGCAGCAUGGUGUUUGAGCGUGAUUAUGUUCCCUCUGAAUCACAAUCACCUGCGAGCUCAUGGGAGGUUGCUUUUCGUGGACUAUCCUCUUUUGCGGGAGCCACCUCUCGAGCAAAUAUUGCGAGUAAUGCUUACGCUAUGUGCUGGACCCAGCGUUGGAUCUACAAAGCAUACCAGACACGUAGUACCCGACAAUCCGAUCAUCCGCAAAUCGACAACCUACUCAAAAUCUUGACGACGGCUGUGAAUACCUGUGUGCAAGUCCAAGACUCGCGCGUAUUGCAUAGGAGGGAUUGUAUUGAGCAAAUCACUACUCAAUUAAACUCGCUAGCAAUACUGAUGGAAGAGCUUGCCGGUAAUCACGAUUCUGGCCCCACCGAAUACCGCGAGGAAGAGCUGGCAAGACUUGUAGUGAUCCUCGUCUCACCGGACCCAUUCACCGGAGUCACCAGCACUUCCACCGGCGGCGAUUGGACUGCACUCUUCGGGACAGUCGCUAAGGACGCGCUCCUCUUCACUUUGGAGGGCAUCGUGCAAUCAUCCGACGCCUUUCCGCCUCUGAAAAGUGCGGCUAGUGGGCUCCUGUUCUUCGCGACGUCUGCGGACAUGGCGUCCAGUAAUAAGAAGCACAUCCGCGACAUUCACAAGCGCGUCAACAGCCUGGCCGCUUCGCUCAAACGCGGUGCUGCGGAGGGCAGCAUGCUCGCGCCGGCGCAUCAAGACGCCAUCAGCGCUCUCGCCGCAGAUAUCUCUGCGCUCAAAGACGAUCUCGAGAGCAUUGUCAACGAGCGCAAGAGCCGCUUCAGGCGCUACUUCAGCGCGAAGCGCCAUCGCGAGGAGCUGCAGGAUAUCGUAUGGCAGCUGGACAACGCGCGAUCGAACUACACCACGGCGGUUGCGACGCUGAACGCGACAACGAACGCGCAGGUUUUGGCGCAUGUGCGGGCAUUGACUGUCGUUAUGGGCGUGAAUCCGAUACAUCUCCCCGGGACGCGGCCUGUAGACGCUGUCUCGUUCCCGUUCGGAUCGUCACGGAUUGAAGAGGUUGGAGCUUAG